ACAAAAUGAGGAGAAAACUAAUGUCUUGAAAAAUAAAGAAUGUUUUAUUGAUGAACUCCAGCAGCAAACUUAUGAACUAAAGAGACAAUUGAAUGAAGAAACAGAAAAAUACCAAAAUUUUCAAGGAAAAAUAAAAGAUUUACUUUCUCAAAUUCAAACUCAACAAGUUGAGUUAAGUGAAUUAGUCAAUAAUUUUAAUAAAAAGCAUGAACCUGGUAAAAAAGGGAUGCUUUUAGUGAAUAAUAUUUUGGAAAAACAAAGAAAUGUUAUUCAGACUAAUGACAAUUCUGCUUCUGAAGAACUAGAGAAAAUUAGACAGAAAUUAAUUAAUGAUUUUGAUCUACCUGCAGAAGAAAUUCAAGAUAUUCUAUAUAAGCAAGCAGAAAAAACUAAAUUAGAUAUGCAAUUCAAGACUUUGAUAAAUUAAGAACCACAUUAAUAUCACGCAGUCUUAUAGGUCAUUUAUGUAGCAUUUCUUUUUUCGUAGAAGUUUUUACUCAAUAACGAU